GGGAGAGGAGCCGAUGGAGCCUCGUCCAGCGGCGUCCAGCUGCUGCUGCUGCCGCUGCUGCUGCUGCUCGUCCCGGGUCCCGGCUGCUGCGUCCACGGCGCCGCCUGUGGUGGCGGGGUCUGGCGGGAUGCGCUAGCCGGCGGCCGGCUCUGCUCAGCUCAGCGGCCGGCUCUGAGAGCUGCUCCUCCGCCCCGCUGCAGCGGAGCCCCGGCGGGGGCCAGCGGCUCCAGCAGCCCCGGCUGCAGCUCCGCACACAACCCGGGGAGGAGGGGACGGUGAUGCCUUGAUGUCCGACCGGCCACGGUGUGUCCAGUCAGAGACUCCAGAGAUGGCGUCGCAGCUCCAGGUGUUCUCCUCUCCCUCCGUCUCGUCCAGCGCUUAUUCCCGCUCCAAGAGGCUGAAAGUGGAGAACCCAGCCUGGGAUGUGUCCACCCAGCUGAGCGAUGGAGCCUACUACCAGCAGAGCCCGUCCCAGGGCGGGGCCGGGGCCCCCUCCACCUCGGGCUCCGGCUCCACCCAGGGGCCCCCGCCGCCCGCCGGGCCCCGGGAGCAGGCCGUGGUGCGGGCGGCCGACAGCACGGGCAGCCUCCGCGGACCCCCGUCCUCCUCCUCCUCCUCGUCCUCCUGCUCCUCCUCCAGCCGGCUGAGGAAGGAGUCGUCCUCCCAGCAGUACAGCCUGAAGAGGAAGAGCGAGGAGGUGGACAGCAGCGACAGCGUCCAGAUCCUGGAGGAGCUCUCGGCCCCCGUGGUCUCCAACCGAGCGGGCGGGGCGGGGGGCACCACCACCGCCCAGUCCAUCGCUCACUCCACCUCCACCACCAAGAGCAGCACCUCCCACAGCGAGGGGGACUACCAGCUGGUGCAGCACGAGAUCCUGUGCUCCAUGUCCAACAGCUACGAGGUGCUGGAGUUCCUGGGCCGGGGAACCUUCGGCCAGGUGGCCAAGUGCUGGAAACGGGGGACCAAUGAGAUAGUGGCCAUUAAAAUCCUGAAGAACCAUCCUUCUUAUGCUCGACAAGGCCAGAUUGAGGUGAGCAUCCUCAGCCGGCUGAGCACCGAGAACGCCGACGAGUUCAACUUCGUCCGCUCCUACGAGUGUUUCCAGCAUAAAAACCACACGUGCCUUGUGUUCGAGAUGCUGGAGCAGAACCUGUACGACUUCCUGAAGCACAGCAAGUUCAGCCCGCUGCUGCUCAAGUGCAUCCGGCCCAUCCUGCAGCAGGUGUCCACGGCGCUGAUGAAGCUGAAGAGCCUGGGCCUGAUCCACGCCGACCUGAAGCCCGAGAACAUCAUGCUGGUGGACCCGCUGAGGCAGCCGUACCGGGUCAAGGUCAUCGACUUCGGCUCCGCCAGCCACGUGUCCAAGGCCGUCUGCUCCACCUACCUGCAGUCCCGAUAUUACAGGGCUCCAGAGAUCAUUCUGGGUCUUCCCUUCUGUGAAGCCAUCGAUAUGUGGUCUCUGGGAUGCGUCAUUGCUGAGCUGUUUCUGGGGUGGCCCCUGUAUCCCGGGGCCUCGGAGUACGACCAGAUCCGGUACAUUUCCCAGACACAGGGCCUUCCAGCAGAAUACCUGCUCAGCGCAGGAACCAAGACGAGCCGCUUCUUCAACAGAGGGCCCGACUCCAGCUACCCGCUCUGGAGACUCAAAACUCCUGCAGAGCACGAGACGGAGAUGGGGAUCAAGUCCAAGGAGGCCAGGAAAUACAUCUUCAACUGCCUGGAUGAUAUGAUGCAGGUGAACAUGACGACCCUGGAGGGCACCGACAUCCUGGCAGAGAAGGCGGACCGGCGGGAGUUUAUAGACCUGCUUAAAAAGAUGCUGACCCUCGACGCGGACAAACGGAUCACGCCCAUGAAGACGCUGAACCACCCCUUCGUUACCAUGACGCAUCUGCUGCACUUCCCUCACAGCUCCCAUGUGAAGUCGUGCUUCCAAAAUAUGGACAUAUGCAAACGCAGAUGCAGCGCCUUUGAGAAUGGGAAGAACCUGUUUGGCAGCAGCAGCACUCCCAGUGCAGCCACCAACCUCACCGUCACCUUCAGCAGCCAGCUGAACCAGCACAACCAGAUGAACUCCACAGGAGGACAGUCCCUGUCCCUCAGCAGCAACGUGCCCCUGCUCAACUACCAGCCCGGCCUGUACCAGCAGGCCACCAUCAACAUCCCGGGCCUGGCCCAGCAGGGCGUGCCCCUGCAGACCAGACCCCCCCAGCUCUGCACCCAGACCGAGCCCUUCCAGCAGACGCUCAUCGUCUGCCCCCCAACCAUUCAGGGUCUACAAACCUCCAACAAGCCGUCUGGUUAUCCAGUGAGGAUGGACAACUCGGUCCCCCUCGUACCUCAGAACCAGUCCUCCCAGCCGCUGCACCUCCAGCCCAGCAUGCUGGCUCAGCAGGGCUGGCCGGCAGGAACACAGCAGAUCCUCAUCCCCUCCACGUGGCAGCAGAUGCCGGGCAUCUCCAUCCACAACCCGGGCCAGGCCGUGGUGCCCGAGUCCCCGGUGGGAGCGCCGGGGUCCGACGGCCAGCAGAACUCUGGAUGGAGGGGUCGCCACGGCGGCGGUCCGUUCGACAGCGUGUCUCAGCAGGACUCUGGAGUCGGCCGUCACACGGCCGGCCAGAACCAGAACCAGAACCAGAGCUCAGGGGCUCACGCAAGAUCCCAGCCGGGCAAGAGAGCGAAGGCUCGGCAUCCUGAGAGCAGAGCCAGGCUGAUGUCGUCGGUGCUUUUGUCCACCAGUGUCGUCCAGAACAGCUCUUUUCCCGGGGACCAGUCCCAGCCCAUCGUCAUCUCUGACACGCCCAGUCCCGCCGUCAGCAUCAUCACCAUCCACAGCGACUCGGAGGACGAGGAUGAGACCAAGGUCCUCGCCGCCCGCUGCGGCCCCAGCCAGAGGACCAACGUGAUCAGCUGCGUGACGGUGCACGACUCCCACGACUCCGACUCGUCCACCAGCAGCCCCCUGAGCCCCAAGGCCUCCACACAGCCCUCCAAGUCCCUGGCUGUCAUCAUGCCCUCCGUGAGGCCUCAUCCCGGGGAGAGCACGGCCGUCAAGCCCCCAGCUCCAGAUGUGGCCACAGGCGGCUCUGGAAAGUCCAAGCGAGCGUCUGCUCACCCGUCAGGCCGGGCCGGAGACCAGCGCGCUGCGUCCAGCAGAUCCCAGCCCCUCAACCUGAGCCAGAGUUUAAUGAAAUGCACCGUCUAUUAUCUACACCCACUUCAUCCUACUCAGUCUUUUGGGAAAAGGAAUUGCACAGGCACAAAAUGUUGUACAUGCUCAUUUGAAAACAUCCCUACAUCCUCUCUGGCAUCUGGUCCUAAAAUGUUGAGAGGCUCCAAAUCACCAAAAAUGUUUAAAAAAAAACGUGCAGCAGCCAGUAAUCCCCCCGUCCCUCCACCCGCCAGGAAGCAGCGGUUCUCUCCGGCGUCAGCCCCCCUUCCCCCCCCCGGUGUCCUCCCACUCCUCCUACUGCCUGCACGACGGCAGCGCGCUCUUCAGCUCCACGCCCAGCCUGUACGCCUACCCGGCCUCGGCCGCGCUGGCCUCCGUGUCCCAGGCCGUGGACCAGAUGCAGGGCGGGGCGGGCCGCCACGGCCCCGGCCAGGGCCAGGGCCGGCCCGGCGGGGCCUUCUCCUCCCUGGCUCUGCUGCAGAAGAACGCCGGCCUGGGCCUGGGAGCGCCAGGGCCGGGAGCGUUCAGCAGCAACCAGCAGCAGCAGCAGCAGCUGGGAGUUCACCCGUCCAGCCGCGCCGGGGCUGCGUACCAGCGCAAACUCAACCAGUACCCGUACUUGUGAACCCCCGGGGUGGAGACGGCAGCUCCGUCCACGCUACAACCAAACCCACCCGGGACUAGAGAUGAGCUCAGGCUCAGCCCGGGGGCUUCGUCUGCAGACAUUUGACUUUGUGUGGCUGUCCAGUCCCAGAACAUGUUACUCUCAUCAUGCUCUGGGUUGAUGUUCCUCUCAUCAGCAGCGAUGCUGCGUCUGCUGGUGGAGCCGUGUCGGCCCACAGCUCUGAUGAAGAGCUAGUGUGGAGGUUCUGCAGGAACAGCCCGGACUUAUGGAGCCAUACGGGAAACUCGUGGACCGCUACUCCAAGACCACGCUUCAAGUUACUGCAAAAACUCAAAAUCUUAACAAGAAUAUUUGUCUUAUUUCUAGUUAAAAUGUCUCAUUUUUAGUCAAAAAAAAUCUCAUUACACUUAAAACAAGACUCAUCACUGGAAAAAACAACAAUUUUCGCCUGUUUCAAG